AUGGGACCAGGCCCGCUCCGACAGACGCUGCAGCGGUGGCUCCCGGCACUCCUCCGCCGCGCGGCGCCUGACGGCAGCGUGGCGUGGCCCUUCGCCUCGUCCACCAUCCUCUUCGACGACAUGAAGGAGCAGUUCAAGGAGACCGUGCUCAAGUUCACGCAGGAGGCCAUCGCGCCGCACGCCGCAGCCAUCGACGCCUCCAUCUGCGCCGUCGGCCUCUCCUACGACACGCACUCCAACCUCUGCAUCAACCAGCUCGUGCGGCACGGCAACCCGGAGCAGAAGCUCAAGUAUCUGCCCAAGCUAAUCAGUGGGGAGCAUAUCAGGGCACUGGCGAUCAGUGAACCCAACUGUCAGUACCAUUUCAUUCUCGUUGCUGUUCUGUUCUUCUCCAAUACUAUAAGGUUCCUUCUGACCCAUUGUUGA